AUGAGAGAAGUCAAUUUCAGUAUACCAAACGUCAACAAAGCAUCGGUGGGCAUUACAACUGCGUUGUAUGACCGCCGAGCGCUGGAUUGCACUUCGACUCUACCCCUGAUCAACUCUCUCAACCAUCUCGCAUACCUCACAACAUCCUCCGCGCGUAUUCGAGACAUCUUGACUGUCGAUGGAGGCAUCGAAAGACUUGUCUGCAUCCUGAAACAAGGCAGGAGCAAAGACAUGAUGGGCAUGUGGAAAUGGAACCUAGCAUUUCAAUGUGUCGUCAACAUUGGUGUGCGCGGAACGGAAAAUGUGCGCACGCGUGUGGUUGAGGCCGACAUGGUUCCUGUCAUCGCAACCAUUCUCGACAACUACAUCAAAGUAAUUGAUCGAUGUCGUGAAAAAGCAGACGAAGCGAAACAGAAACAGAUACACGAGCACCACCAUCGACACCGCAGCCACGAUCAUCGCGUAUCUUCCAGGGCCUCCGGCCUCUUUGCGAAUAUAUCUUCACGCAACGAAACAGAGCACAGAACCUUACGACGGCAAGCGCUGCCUCCAUCGAUUGAUGUUACGGCCAGCUAUGCCGGACCAUCUACUGCUGCUCUCCGUCAAGGAACGGAGGCGUCCUCUGCAUCGUCCCCCGUAAGGUCAGGAACCUCAGAUAGACCAGCAGUUACACCAACUCGCCAUCGCCACAGCUUUCGAGCCACUGAAGGCCAGGCAUCGGUAACUCGACAAGCUGUCCAACCCCUUGCACCAGCCGUUCCUAUGAUGGAAGCUAUUGAUGGCCUCGUACGUCCCGUGAGAGAUGUCGACCGCUUGGCAUCCAUGACACUUCUGGGGCAGUCGGAACUUGUCUCCCAGCCAACUUCCCCCACAACACCGCUUCCGCUCCCUCAACUACGCUCUCCGACCGUGAUGCCAACGGCAAACAUCGAUGAGACGACUCCACAGCGCCGCAGGCCAUCGAUUCGCCAUCAAACCUCCACCGCCGAAGUCGACGAUAUCAACAACGACAGCAUGCCAUCCGAUGAAUCGCCCGAUGCAGAAAUGACUGGAACUGCAGACAUGCGAUCAGCUGUCGGGAUACAAGAUAUCACAAUGGAUGAUGGCGAAGGGAUGCUGGCCACAGAGUCGCUCGAAUUGACUGCCGCAACUGUCUCUGAGACGCAAGACACUGGUGCCUUCAAUAUCACUCACCGCUCGCCAAUCGAUGGAAGCAUUGGAAGCGAUGUGACACCCGCUCCUGUACCCCCCAUUGGUCUGUCCCCAAACCGUCCUUCUUUGGUCUCGCCUCCUCAGCCAAAUGCACCAACAUCAUCAGUGCCAAGAUAUCUUCUGGAUCGUCAUUUCGUGCCGAAUCCACAAAUGCUGGCCGUCAUGCCGAGGGAAGAAGAUGUCCUCAUGUCAUUGCAGCUUCUUGCCUACGUUUCGAAAUAUUGUGGACUCCGUUCGUAUUUCCAAAACAGCCACCUGGUCCCUAGGCUCGCCAUCAGCAAAGAUCUUGCAGCCCUCGAUGGCGAAGGCGACGGCGAAGAGAUUGACGAUUCUGUGGCUGUCGAUGAAGAAUAUCUGCUGCCAAAUGACUUUAAUCUUUUCCCACUCGUCGAAAAGUUCACCGUCAGAUAUCAUAGUACUGACAUGCAGUAUUGGGCUGGCGUGGUCAUGCGUAACCUGUGUCGCAAAGACGACACUCGCGGUGGUAUUCGACAGUGCGCAUACUAUCAAUGUGGAACCUGGGAAGAAUUUCCACGGCAAUUUGCGAAAUGCCGCCGAUGCCGCCGGACGAAAUACUGCAGUAAGGAAUGUCAAAAGAGCGCCUGGGCUUUUCACCGCCACUGGUGUGUCGCAGCUUCCCAAUAA